AUGCAGCGAUCCUCCGUGCUCGCGCAAAGGUCGAGCCUGUCUGGGCUUGCAGGUGCAGCUCGAGGCCGGGCAUGGGCGACGAGCAGACGUCCACUGGCUACGUCAGCGGGCAAAGAUGAUAUCAGCCUGAGUACCGUUGAGGGCUACAAGGUCGCAAGACUGGGCGACACGGGCGUCGCGCCUUCGACUGGAUCCAUCACUGUGGCCAUCAAGGCAGGGUCGAGGUACGAGAGCGAGCCGGGCAUCGCGCAUGUCUUCAAGAACAUGGUCUUCAAGAACACCACCAAACGAUCAGCUCUCAGGAUUGUCAGGGAGACUGAGCUCUACGGCGGCGUGCUCACCGCCAGUCUGAACCGGGACUCCCUCUUCCUCACUGCCGAGUUCCUCAAGGGUGACGAAGCCUACUUCACAGAAUUGCUGGGCGAUGUCAUCACCGCAAGCACUUUCCAGGCAUUCGAAUACAUUGAGAAUGUCGUCCCCCAGAUCGCGGCAGAGUAUGCCCAGGCAGUCGCAGAUCCGCUCGUCUUCGGCUUUGACAAUCUCCACCAGCUCGCUUUCCGGAAAGGACUCGGCAACUCCCUCUUCGCGUCGCCCAACACGCCAGUCGAUCACAUCGACGCCGUCGCGUACGCUCGCAAGCAUCUCUCCAAUCCGGCAGAGAUUGCUAUCGUCGCUGCCGGCGUGGACGGCUCAUUCGAGCAGCUCGUCUCCGAGUCCUUUGCGCCGACCAGUGCAGCUCCGCCCUCAGCAUCGAGCGACAUCAAGUCGGCAGGUGGCUCGGCCUACUUUGGCGGCGAAUCGCGCGUACCUCAGACGCACUCGGAACAAGAUCUCCUGCUCGUUGGAUUCCAAGGCGGCUCACUGAGCUCACCGGAAUGGCAAGUCCUGCAGCACUUGCUGGGGGGCGACUCUGCUCUCAAGUGGACCAACGGCAUCACCCCUCUCGCCAGUGCUUCCUCUGUCCUUGCCGCGAGCACGCCCACUCUUGGCCAUGGCGCCGGCGUAAAGGCUUUCAACUUGCAAUAUUCCGACAACGGUCUCUUCGGAUUCGCAGUCUCUGCUCCGACCGAUCAAGUGCGCGGUCUGGCGCAAAAGGCAAUCGACGCACUCAAAGACGCAAGCAAGUCCGUCAAAGCUGAGGACCUCAAGAGGGCCGUCGCAAAGGCCAAGUUCCAUGCCGCUCUCGCAUUAGAAUCACGGAUAUCCCGCCUGGAAAUCGUUGCCUCGCAGAUCCAGGCAAACGGCUCUGCCAGCUCACUAGAACAGACCUUUGCAGCUCUUGACAAGGUUACUGCCAGUCAAGUGCAAAAGGCCGCAACGGCAGCGCUCAAGAGCAAGCCAAGCGCAGUAGCUUACGGCAACACUCACGAACUACCCUUUGUGGACGAGCUCUCUCUGUAG